AGUUGUGCUUUCCAAUGACUCCUGUCACCCUGUAGACAAUUGGCAGCAGGGGAGCAGCAGCUGCCACACUCUUCAGAUAUCUCUCUAUUUAAAGUUCAGAGGCACAGGAUAACAAUAAGGAAGAAAGACGUGGCCCUGACUAAGCCACUCAACAAUAGAAAUAAUGGCUGGAAAAGAGUCAACAUCACCACAGUUCAUGGUUCCCAUUCUUCUCCUGGUUGGAUGGAUUGUAGGCUGCAUCAUAGUGGUUUACAUUGUCUUCUCCUAGAAAAGCAAGAAGACUUCAGGCUGUUUAAGGUCACACAAUUAGGAGAAGCACGAAAAGCCCUUUUUGUCAGAUCAGAAAGACUUCAACAUUUUAUGAAAAACAUUGAAACUAUUAAAGUUCUUAGAAGAACUAAGAAAAACAUGGACAUGGCUGAUCAUUAAAGGUGUCUCAUGUAAAUAGCUGCAGUGUUUCGUAUCCUUUGAAGGUAGAAUUUGUUCUCAUAAGAAUAUCUUAGGAACUUGCUGGAAAUUACAGAUAAAAAAUAUAAGAAAAUUCAGGUGAACUUUUCUGUGUCAAGAAAGUUGGUGAUAAAUGCUUAAUUAUGGCUAAAAACACAUUAAGCAAUAGGAUUGAGUAUGAUGAUUCAAUUAGAUUAGAACAUGUUUUGUAUCCUCCUUCCCAAAUGGAUAAAUGGACUAAAGAACUCACAAUAAACAGAAGAUAAAGGACAACUGAAAAACUUGGAUCUUGCCCCUGGCUCAAUGAGAAAUGUAAUUUAAAACAUACUGAAAGACCAUUGCUUACAGAUGUGUAACAAAGAAAAAUGUUGGACAUCAUUGGUGUUGGUAAGGCUGUGGGAGAUAAGCACUUUCAUACACUGUCUUUGCAAAUUCAAAAUGGAACAUUUUAUUGUUGUUUGCCUUUUGGAGAACAUCUUGGUGUUGUCCAAGUUGGAUUCAAAAGAUCCUUCUGCCUCAGGUUUCUUGAGUAGCUGGGAAUAUGGGUGUGUACUAUUUCACCCAGCUAGGUAUAACAUUCUGGGGGUAUAGUUGGAAGUUCGUAUCUUCCAAAACUUGUAUGUUUAUUUUGAACCAGUUGUUUGUUUUCAAAGAAUAUGUCAAUUUUCACAAAGAUAGCAGCAAAAUACAAAAUGGCUUAUCGUGUAGGGGGCAGAAUCAACUGUGCUGUGCACAUGAUAUAAGAGAGAUGCAACUUUAGAAAGGAAUGAAAAAGGCCUUUAAAUAUUGAUGUGAUAUAGUCUCCACAACAAAAACAUGUUAAUUGAAAAAAAUUAGGUAGGCUGGAGAGAUGGCUCAGCAACUUAGUGCACUGGCUGCUCUAACUUCAGUUCCAGGUAAUUCAACACCCUCUUCUAGCUUCUUGGGUGUCAGGCAAGCAAAUAAUACACAGAUAUAUAUGCAGUCAAAAUACUCAUACAUAUAAAAUAAAAUAAAAAUAAUAUGAAACAUUUAAAAAGUCAGGUGUAUCUACUACCAUUUGUGUAAGAAAAGGAGGAGUUUAACCAAUAUGCAUGUAACUAACUUACCACAGAGCCAAACAGUGGAGUUUAGAUACUUCUGCACGUACUUUGUUUUAUAGUGUUUCAUUUUUAGGAUAAUAUGAAUAUUUUAUAAAUUAGAAAAAUCAAUUAUAUCCCAAAUUGAAAACAAGCUAAAAGCAACCUAAUAACAUAUCAGUUUGGUGAUUGUCUUAGUCAGUGUUACAUUACUGUGAAGAGACACCAUGACCAAGGCAACUCUUAGGAAAGAAAGCAUUUAAUUGGGGCUUGCUAGCAUUCUCAUCAUGGCAGGGAGCAUGGCAGCAUGCAGGCAGGUAUGGUGAUAGAGAAGUAGCUGAGAAUUCUACAUUUGGAUAUGCAGGCAGCAGGAAGAGAGAGACACCGAGUCUGGCUUGGGCUUUUGAAAACCUCGAAGCCCACCCUCAGUGACACACUUCUUCCUAUAAGGUCACAACUCCCAAUCUUUUCAAAUAAUGCCACUCCAUGCUGACCAAGCAUUCAAAUAUGUGAGCCUAUAGGGGCCAUUCUUAUUCCAACCACCCCAGUAAUAUAACCUAAAAGAGAAAGUAAAUCUUUCAUGUGAUUUAAAACACAGUAUAUGUUCUUUACUAUAAGUAUCUUAUGGGCUAGAUAACUUAAAACCACGUUCAACUGGGUGAGGUGCAAGCACCUUUAAUCUCAGCACUUAGUAGGCAAAGGCAGGCAGAUCUCAGUGAGUCUAGACCAGCAAGAGAUAAACAGCAAGAUCCUGUCUCACAAAACCAAACCAAACCAAAACAAAAACAAAGCAGCCACCCCCAAAUAAACAAGAACAAAAAGCUCAACCCCAAACAAAACCUGAGCAAAACAAACAAAACAAAACAAACAACAAACUAAAACAACUACAUGCAGUGAUCUUUUUCAAGUAAUGAUAUUUAUAUUGUUGGUUUGAAAGCCAGACGAUCGCUAUAUAUGCCAAGUAAACGUACUUUGUAUUAUUAAAAUUACAUAUGAAAUAUUAGCACAAAUCCACUAUUUGUUUUCCUUCUUCUGUAAAGUAAAUAACUACCCUAGCUUUGCUCUCUGGAAAACCUACUGGGGAGAACUCCUGCCUUCACUGUGUCUGAGAGUACUGCCUCCUUCGAAGGAGUCAGGAACCCCCAGUCUAGUUUGGGGUGGGAAAUACGCAAAAUGACUUGUCUGAUGAUGUCAGUAUCCACAGACCAGUUUAACUGCACUGAAAGUAUUCCAACACAAUGUGUGUGCCUCCUGACUGGGUGCAGUGAAAAUACACAAGGACAUCCAGGAAGUAUUUCUGCCAAAACUUAAGCAAACAAACUUUCGAUCCAACUACAAGUGUUCAAAAGAGAACCGGGAGGAUCAGCCAAGCGUGGAGUAUGGGAAACCAUACAGAACUCACAAACCUGCUUUUCCAGCAAAUAACCAAUGCUGCAGCUCUGUUCAUGGCAGCCAAAUUACGGAAGCAGCCUAUGUGUGUGUCCACAUACAAAUGUGUUGCACACACACACACACACACACACAUUGCAGUAUGUUCAGCCAUAAAGAGGAUCACACUUAUGCCAUUUGGAGGAAAAUGGAUAGAAUUGGAGAUCAAGCAUGAGACAAAAUCCAGAUUCAGAAAGAUAAAUAUCACGUUUUCUCAAAUGUAUGGAAUCUGAAUGUAGAUUAAAAAAUAAGGCAUAGUACCAAUAAAAUGGCUCAACAGAUAACUCA